AUGCUGCCAGUUCUAGCAGCUCUGAUUGCUGUGGCCGGAGCCAAGGCCACUCUGAGCAGUGGCACGCAGUCGCGCUUGCUGCAAGGUACCCUUGGCAACGGCUCCAAUUGGACGGAGAUGGUGAGCUUCAACAACACUCCGGGCAAGCGCUUGCUGCAAGGUGCCUUGGGCAACGGCUCCAACUGGACGGAGAUGGUGAGCUUCAACAACACUCCGGGCAAGCGCUUGCUGCAAGGUACCCUGGGCAACGGCUCCAACUGGACGGAGAUGGUGAGCUUCAACAACACUCCGGGCAAGCGCUUGCUGCAAGGUGCCUUGGGCAACGGCUCCAACUGGACGGAGAUGGUGAGCUUCAACAACACUCCGGGCAAGCGCUUGCUGCAAGGUACCCUGGGCAACGGCUCCAACUGGACGGAGAUGGUGAGCUUCAACAACACUCCGGGCAAGCGCUUGCUGCAAGGCUUGGGCAACGGUACCUUGGGCAACAGCUCCAACUGGACGGAGAUGGUGAGCUUCAACAACACUCCGGGCAAGCGCUUGCUGCAAGGUGCCUUGGCAACAGUGGGCAACAGCUCCAACUGGACGGAGAUGGUGAGCUUCAACAACACUCCGGGCAAGCGCUUGCUGCAAGGUGCCUUGGGCAACGGCUCCAACUGGACGGAGAUGGUGAGCUUCAACAACACUCCGGGCAAGCGCUUGCUGCAAGGUGCCUUGGGCAACGGCUCCAACUGGACGGAGAUGGUGAGCUUCAACAACACUCCGGGCAAGCGCUUGCUGCAAGGUGCCUUGGGCAACGGCUCCAACUGGACGGAGAUGGUGAGCUUCAACAACACUCCGGGCAAGCGCUUGCUGCAAGGUACCUUGGGCAACAGCUCCAACUGGACGGAGAUGGUGAGCUUCAACAACACUCCGGGCAAGCGCUUGCUGCAAGGUGCCUUGGUCAACAACUCCAACUGGACGGAGAUGGUGAGCUUCAACAACACUCCGGGCCAGCGCUUGCUUCAAGGUGCCCUGGGCAACGGCUCCAACUGGACGGAGAUGGUGAGCUUCAACAACACUCCGGGCAAGCGCUUGCUGCAAGGUACCCUGGGCAACGGCUCCAACUGGACGGAGAUGGUGAGCUUCAACAACACUCCGGGCAAGCGCUUGCUGCAAGGUACCCUGGGCAACGGCUCCAACUGGACGGAGAUGGUGAGCUUCAACAACACUCCGGGCAAGCGCUUGCUGCAAGGUACCCUGGGCAACGGCUCCAAUUGGACGGAGAUGUUGAGCUUCAACAACACUCCGGGCAAACGCUUGCUGCAAGGUACCCUGGGCAACAGCUCCAAUUGGACGGAGAUGUUGAGCUUCAACAACACUCCAGGCAAACGCUUGCUGCAAGGUACCCUGGGCAACAGCUCCAAUUGGACGGAGAUGGUGAGCUUCAACAACACUCCGGGCAAGCGCUUGCUGCAAGGUAGCCUGGGCAACAGCUCCAACUGGACGGAGAUGUUGAGCUUCAACAACACUCCGGCCAAACGCUUGCUGCAAGGUACCCUGGGCAACAGCUCCAAUUGGACGGAGAUGGUGGGCUUCAACAACACUCCGGGCAAGCGCUUGCUGCAAGGUACCCUGGGCAACGGCUCCAAUUGGACGGAGAUGUUGAGCUUCAACAACACUCCGGGCAAGCGCUUGCUGCAAGGUACCCUGGGCAACAGCUCCAAUUGGACGGAGAUGGUGAACUUCAACAACACUCCUGGCCAGCGCUUGCUGCAAGGUGCCUUGGUCAACGGCUCCAACUGGACGGAGAUGGUGGCCUUCAACAACACUCCGGGCAAGCGCUUGCUGCAAGGUGCCUUGGUCAACAGCUCCAACUGGACGGAGAUGGUGAGCUUCAACAACACUCCUGGCCAGCGCUUGCUUCAAGGUACCUUGGUCAACAGCUCCAACUGGACGAAGAUGGUGAGCUUCAACAACACUCCUGGCCAGCGCUUGCUUCAAGGUACCUUGGUCAACAGCUCCAACUGGACGGAGAUGGUGGGCUUCAACAACACUCCGGGCAAGCGCUUGCUGCAAGGUGCCUUGGUCAACAGCUCCAACUGGACGGAGAUGGUGAGCUUCAACAACACUCCGGGCAAGCGCUUGCUUCAAGGUGCCUUGGUCAACAGCUCCAAUUGGACGGAGAUGGUGAGCUUCAACAACACUCCGGGCAAGCGCUUGCUUCAAGGUGCCUUGGUCAACAGCUCCAACUGGACGGAGAUGGUGGGCUUCAACAACACUCCGGGCAAGCGCUUGCUGCAAGGUGCGUUGGUCAACAGCUCCAACUGGACGGAGAUGGUGAGCUUCAACAACACUCCUGACCAGCGCUUGCUUCAAGGUGGCUUGGUCAACAGCUCCAACUGGACGGAGAUGGUGGGCUUCAACAACACUCCAGGCAAGCGCUUGCUGCAAGGUGGCUUGGUCAACAGCUCCAACUGGACGGAGAUGGUGGGCUUCAACAACACUCCGGGCAAGCGCUUGCUGCAAGGUGCCUCGGUCAACAGCUCCAACUGGACGGAGAUGGUGGGCUUCAACAACACUCCGGGCAAGCGCUUGCUUCAAGGUGCCCUGGUCAACAGCUCCAACUGGACGGAGAUGGUGAGCUUCAACAACACUCCGGGCAAGCGCUUGCUUCAAGGUGCCCUGGGCAACAGCUCCAACUGGACGGAGAUGGUGAGCUUCAACAACACUCCGGGCAAGCGCUUGCUUCAAGGUGCCUUGGUCAACAGCUCCAACUGGACGGAGAUGGUGAGCUUCAACAACACUCCGGGCAAGCGCUUGCUGCAAGGUGCCUUGGUCAACAGCUCCAACUGGACGGAGAUGGUGAGCUUCAACAACACUCCGGGCCAGCGCUUGCUUCAAGGUGUCCUGGUCAACAGCUCCAACUGGACGGAGAUGGUUGGCUUCAACAACACUCCGGGCAAGCGCUUGCUGCAAGGUGCCUUGGUCAACAGCUCCAACUGGACGGAGAUGGUGAGCUUCAACAACACUCCGGGCCAGCGCUUGCUUCAAGGUGCCUUGGUCAACAGCUCCAACUGGACGGAGAUGGUGGGCUUCAACAACACUCCGGGCAAGCGCUUGCUGCAAGGUGCCCUGGGCAACAGCUCCAACUGGACAGAGAUGGUGAGCUUCAACAACACUCCGGGCAAGCGCUUGCUGCAAGGUACCUUGGGCAAUGGCUCCAACUGGACGGAGAUGGUGAUCUUCAACAACACUCCGGGCAAGCGCUUGCUGCAAGGUUCCUUGGUCAACAGCUCCAACUGGACGGAGAUGGUGAGCUUCAACAACACUCCGGGCAAGCGCUUGCUGCAAGGUACCCUGGGCAACAGCUCCAACUGGACGGAGAUGGUGAGCUUCAACAACACUCCGGGCAAGCGCUUGCUGCAAGGUACCUUGGUCAACAGUUCCAACUGGACGGUGGUGAGCUUCAACAACACUCCGGGCAAGCGCUUGCUGCAAGGUGCCCUGGGCAACAGCUCCAACUGGACGGAGAUGGUGAGCUUCAACAACACUCCGGGCAAGCGCUUGCUGCAAGGUACCCUGGGCAACAGCUCCAACUGGACGGAGAUGGCGGGCUUCAACAACACUCCGGGCAAGCGCUUGCUGCAAGGUGCCCUGGGCAACAGUUCCAACUGGACGGAGAUGGUGAGCUUCAACAACACUCCGGGCAAGCGCUUGCUGCAAGGUGCCUUGGUCAACGGCUCCAACUUGACGGAGAUGGUCAGCCUCAACAACACUCUGGGCAAGAGCUCCCGCCUGGCGCAGCAUGCUGAAGGUCGAUUCCUUCAGCGCCGGGAAGGGAACACUGAGUCGUUGCCUUUUCGGGUUCUUCGUAGCCUCGGGCUGAUGUGA